AUGUCACGAUCAAAGGUCAUUGAAAAGUCUGCUUUCCUUAACGAGGUCGGUGCUGCCAUUCAUGUGGCCCCGAAUGCGACUCGCAUCUUGAAAGGUUGGGGUUGCAACCUGGACUGGCUGCAUCCCGUUCACUGCGAGAAGCUACAGGUUUGGGAUGGGAAUGGGAACCUCCUACGAACUCCGAUUGUCACAGAAGAGCAUCGCAAGGCUUUGAAUGUGUCCGAUGAAUGGGUCCUGACCCAUCGAGUGGACCUGCACAGUGCUCUGCGUGCUACUGCAGCGCAGAUUGUCGACGGCCGCAAGAUUGACAUACGACUGUCCUCGCGGGUCUUGUCUGUGAAUACGGAGAAGGGAGAGGUUGUGCUCGAAGAUGGAACGAAAUAUGUGGCCGAUCUAAUCGUCGGUGCCGAUGGGGUUCACUCCCGUUCCGUACGUGCGAUUAUGGGGGAAGACAGGGGCAUCGUACAAACUGGCCAAAGCUGCUUCCGAUUCUUGGUGCCCAUUGAAAAGAUGCAAAGUACUCCACUCACCUCCAGGCUACUUGAGAAGAUCGGCCUUAACGGCGUCCACGUCUUCUCAACAGAAGACCGCCGUCUCGUUGUCUACCCCUGUCGCCAAGGGCAGUUGCUCAACUGCGCCGGCAUCUAUCCGCCUGGUCUAGAGGAAGACGCUGGGACGGAUGCUUCUUGGCAUAAUGCUGGUAGCGUGAGUCAGUUGAUCUACACGUUUCGUGGUUUCGGCGAGGACCUGCUGGAGAUGUGCAGGAUGGCUGAGGAUGUCAAGCUUUGGAGUCUGGCGUCUCGGGACCCCCCGCCUACGUUUGUUAAGGGCAAGCUUGCUUUGAUCGGUGAUGCAGCUCAUCCCAUGCUUCCUCACCAGGGCCAAGGCGCCGCGCAAGCAUUUGAAGACGCGGCUGCUCUCGCUGGGGUUUUGACGGCGGACACGACUCCAGACAAGUUGUCGCAUCGUCUCGAGUUCUACAACAGACUUCGGUACUCGCAUUCGGUCACAGUCAUGAUGAUGUCGAGAACCAACGACGAGCGAAGGGCGGAAAUGCUGGAUGAGCUCCGCCGGUAUGUUCCCAACGCAGAACUACCCAAGGACAUGUUCGCCUUCACUUGGCCAUCGGAUCCGGUGACGGAGGCAGCGGAUCUCGUUGCAAGUGCAUAG